AUGCGUGGUUCCCAUACUCCACCGUUCUCCGAAGAACCGUUCGACAUUGCGGACGACGUGGGCAGUCUCGCCUCUCUCCUACCAGCCUGCUAUGGAGAUGCCCUUAUUUCACCGUCGGGGAAUAUGAACCUUUGGUCGCCGGCCGACAAUCCUCUCACCUUCAUCCAGCUUGACCUCUCUGUAGGGCGACUGACCAGGAUAAUACAAUACCUCUGGUUUGCGAAGAGCUUAUCACCCCCACAGCCUCUGAGUACAAUUCUCUCCUUAUCGAAAGAAAUAACGCUUGACGAGAACAUUGCGUUGCAUCUGGUGUGGGCCGAUCGUCGGCACAUCCUUUUGAAACCGUUUCCCCGGUACCUUCUCGACUCCAGAUUCUGGUCCGCGUACAUUGUUUGCAACGGCACAUGUGCACAUUCUUGUACCGAAAACCAAAUCAGCACCGAGACAAACGCACAAGUCGAAUCCACAUGCCCGCGCACCGCCCUCUACAAAGACGCCCUCGGCUUCCUCUACUCAUACCUCACCUUGAUCCGCUUCGAAAGCGACUUUGCAAUCGCACAAGAUCACUGUCUCCUCCCACCAGAUCUCAUCUGGAAGACCUGGCGCAGCAUAUCGCAGCAAUGUCUCCAAACCGGCGCCAUGCAUUCUGAAAACAUGAACCCCCGCUACCACCUCGGCGCCCUGCGCCUCUCCCGCCUAAACAAGAUCUACGCCCUUCGCUACGGCAACAUCCUCCGCGGAUACCGAGGACAAUACAAGUACACCAUGCAGGUCUUCCAGGAGAACCUGGCUCCGAUCUCUGCUGCGACGAUUUACAUUGCGCUUGUUUUGACGGCCAUGCAGGUUGGGCUUGCGACGGACUCGUUGGCGGGGAAUACGGCCUUUCAGGAUGCGUCGUACGGGUUUACGAUUUUUGCCAUUCUGGGGCCGUUGGUGAUGAUUGUGUUUGUCUAUUGUCUGGGGGCGUUGGAGGUUCUUAGUACGCAUAUCUUUGGUGUGAUGCGGAGCAGACAUGCUGGACGGGCUGCGCCUCUGGAUGAAGUGGAUGCUCACCUAGACUUUUUUCGCCAGGUUCGAGGUGACGCCUGA